AUGGCUCUGUUUGAUACCAUCUGCCAGGUAGAAAGUGAAGAUCGUUGUGAAAACGGUCUAUAUGGGCAGUUGGGGUAUGUGGGGCGGUUCGUGCAAACGAGACUGUCAAAGGGAAAUAGCGUCUACUUCUGCUGCUCCGACCAGUUGAUCGUUGAGACGACUGACAAAGUUAAUUCCACAACAGCAAUCGUCGGUCUGUCCCAACGGAAUCGCGGUCCAGCUCCCACCUGGACAACGGAUCCCUUCCGAGUAGUGAUAAAUGGCAUCUGGAAAAUGCGUCAGACGAUCUCGAAGGUCUCUUCGACCAAAUAA